GCGGUCUUCUCACCCUCUCCGAGGACCGUAGAAAAGCCCUCUCUCGUUCCGCAAUCCAGAUUCGUCCUCCCCCUCUUUCUCUCUCUAAGCCACUUUCUCUCUCAUCGCCGCGCCGGGUCUCCGAUCCUCCCCGUCUCCUCCGAUCUGGCCCCGCCGGCGCCGCCGCCAACCAGCUCAUAUGUGUUUCGGGAUGUGCAUGGCAAUGAAGCAAACUAGAAGGCGAGCGGUGUUAAUGUGGAUGGAUAAUGAUCAUAGAGACGGAUAAUAUGCCUGCUCCGUCCUGGGAGCGCGCAGGACGACUUUAUGAAAAGAACAUUGAGUUGGAUAAUAGGCGUCGGAAGUCUGCCCAGGCACGAAUUCCAUCUGACCCAAAUGUAUGGCAACAGAUGCGUGAGAACUAUGAAGCAAUAAUUCUUGAGGAUCAUACAUUUUCGGAGAAACACAACAUCGAGCAUGCUCUAUGGCAAUUGCAUUACAAGAAAAUUGAGGAAUUGAGAGCACACUACAGUGCUGCUCAAGCAUCUGCAAAUUCAAAUGCAUCGGUCAAUGGGAAAGGACCCUCCUCUCGUCCAGAUCGAAUAACGAAAAUAAGACUGCAUUUUAAGACUUUUCUUUCCGAAGCAACUGGGUUCUAUCAUGAUUUGAUCUUGAAAAUCAGGUCAAAGUAUGGUCUCCCUCUUGGUUACUUCUCUGAGGAGGUAGACAGCAGACUUUUGUCCGAGAAAGAUGGAAAAAAAUCAGCAGAUGUAAAAAGGGUUCUGAUAUCUUGUCACCGUUGCUUGAUUUACUUGGGUGACCUUGCACGCUACAAAGGUCUGUAUGGAGAGCCUGACUCAAAAUCUCGUGAGUAUGCAGCAGCUUCAAGUUACUAUCUCCAAGCUGCAUCUCUUUGGCCGUCUAUUGGGAAUCCCCAUCAUCAGCUUGCGAUAUUAGCUUCUUAUUCUGGGGACGAUUUGCUGACUGUUUACCGAUAUUUCCGGAGUUUGGCUGUGGAUAACCCAUGUUCUACUGCAAGGGACAACUUGAUUGUUGCCUUCGAAAAGAAUCGUCAGAGUUUCUCUCUACUGCAUGGGGAUGCUAAAAGUUCUAUAAUUCGGUCUGCUGGAAAAGUGAGAGGACAGAAAGCCAAGCUUGCAUCUAAAGAUACUGUUGCUGAAGCUGCAACUUUCAAAGAAAGUAACUCCAACACCCAUGAUACGUACAACUCACUUUGCAUCCAUUUUGUCCGUCUAAAUGGAAUUCUGUUCACUCGAACAAGCUUGGAGACCUUUGCGGAAGUCCUCUCUUUGGUUGUCACUGGUUUACGUGAUCUUAUGUCAUCUGGGCCUGAAGAAGAGAUGAGUUUUGGAAAUGAUGCUGUAGAGAAUGGUCUUUUCUUUGUCAGGCUUGUGUCUAUCUUUAUAUAUACUAUUCAUAACGUGAAACGCGAGAGUGAAGGCCAGAGUUAUGCCGAAAUUGUUCAGCGUGCUGUACUGCUUCAGAAUGCAUUGACUGCGGUUUUUGAGAUCAUGGGACUAGUGAUGGAGAGAUGCGAACAAGUUCGCGAUCCUUCUUUGAGUUACCUCUUACCUGGCAUUUUGGUCUUUGUGGAAUGGUUGGCAUCUUAUCCUGAUGUUGCCAUGGGCGGCGAUGUUGAUGAGAAGCAGGCAACUGUUAGAUCAAAUUUGUGGAGUCGCUAUGUCUCUCUUAUGAAUAAGCUUUUGUCGAUCGGGUCGAUGUCCAUAGAUGACUGUGAUGAUGAAAGUUGCUUUGAUAACAUGAGCAGAUAUGAAGAAGGGGAAACUGGAAACCGGCUGGCUUUGUGUGAAGAUUUUGAAUUGAGAGGAUUUCUGCCGCUUGUUCCUGCACAAACCAUUUUGGACUUUUCAAGAAAGCAUUCUUUUGGAAGCGAAGGGAUCAAGGAAAAAAAUGCUCGUGUUAAAAGGACUCUUGCAGCUGGGAAAGUGCUUGUAGGAGGGGUUAAAAUCAAUAACGAAACAGUUUGGUAUGACUCAAAGGCUAAGAAAUUUGUCAUUGGUGUUGAGAGUCAACUGUCAGCAGAGGACAUUCGUCUUCCUGAUUCUACUGUGCCUAAGGCAAAUGACAUGUUGCUAGAAAAUGGAGCACAAACGGCUGUGAAAUCGGAAGAGUUCCUGUCGAAUUCUCAGCUAUAUGUGGAAGGGGAAGAGGAGGAUGAAGAGAUUGUUUUUAAGCCGACAGCAGCAGAGAAGCAAACAGAUACUGCUGUUCAAAAUUUGGUCUCUUCUAAGAUGUUGGAGCCGCAGAAAAAUGUCUUUGGAAGCGGUCAACCCUUUUCAGUUGCUUCAAUGUCAGCCCCUCCUGACAACUCUCUGCAUAUGACCACUUCAGAUGCUUUUUCGUGGAAUCCCAUUUCUACUGGUAAUCUACAGCCUGUCAAAUCUCAUACUUUAAAUUGGUUGACAGAAGAAACUUUGCUGUCUAAUAGCUUCAAAGAUCUAAGGAUGCUGGAGAAUGGGCAUCUGGCACAUUCUGAGAUCAAUGAGAACACCGUCAACUUUUUCCCUGCUGUUAAUUCAUUUCCGAACAGACAAUCUGCUAUUAAGAGCGACAGCUUGUUUCUAAAUCAGGCAAAUGCUCCAGAUGCUGUGGUUCCUUCAUCUAUAUAUAAUUCUCUAAUGUCUUCUGGAGUUAGUGUUGAUGCAUUGGCUCCGAAGCCAUCAUCUCCUUCUCCUGUAGGUUUGAAGAAGAAACCAGUUGCUAGGCCACUCAGACAUAUUGGCCCUCCCCCUGGUUUUAAUGCUGUUCCUAAGCAGGCCAAUGGACCCUUUUCUGGUUUAGACCUGAGCUAUCAGAACCAAAUGUUGGACAAUUAUAGCUGGUUGGAUGGGUAUCAGAUGUCUUCUGCAUUCGGGGGCAUCGGGGACAAUUCCAUCUCUUAUUCAUCUUUUGCAAACUUACCGCCCAUUAGUAGCAGUGCUGCUUCAAUUGGGACGGUCAGCUUCCCGUUUCCAGGAAAGCAAGUUCCAUCAGUCCACCAAAUGGAAAUUCAUAAAGGCUGGCAUGAUCACGAGACUGUGGAGUGUCCGAAGCAGAUGCAGCAACCUCAGCAAAUAAUUAAUGGGAACCCACAGCUUGGUCCUUUGCCAGAGCAGUACCAAGGACCAGUCUGGACAGGUCAUCAUUUUGUGUGAGAUCAAUGUGACGGCAUGUUGCGGAAUGAUAUUGGUGAGACCCUUCUGCCAUAUCAAGCUCCAGUUAGGCGGAUCUAUCAAUGCUAAGUUUGUGUUGGAGUGUGGAUGGCCUUGGCUUUUAGAUUGGAAGUUCUACUUAGCAAUUGAACAGGUAAGCCAAGCUUUGAAGCUCAGGAGGAAAUCUUGAGGAGUUCGGACAUUUUUAUAAUGCCAGGUUGUAAGCGGUUGCUUCUUCUGGUAACCGUGGUCAAGAUAUGUUGGGUACCGAGAUCAUUAAUUGUUGGGAUUAUUAUUAUAUCUGGAUGAUGGAAUGUGGAUGGCAUGCUCUCUGUUCUUCUGGGUCGUCACCAUGAUGAGUUUGGGCAUCUAGUUUUGGCAGUUUGCGACGGGGGACCCCUUUUGUUGGACCAGCUUGUCAGAAAUUUGAGAGCUCCAGUCGUGACUUUGGCACUGUCCGGCCUGUGCCGGGGGGGUAUCUGAUGAGAAUAAUCCCAUCGAGAGCUAUGUGAUGGGGUCGAGUCUGAGUGAUGGAUAGAUGAUGUGUCUGGAACCGAGUAUCUGCAUUUCCAUAUAUGCUUUAGUGGUUUGAAGAACUUGAGAUAGAAGACUUAUUGGUUUGUCUUGCCGUUGUUGGAGUCCAGGUCUUCAGCACACAAUAAAGUCCUCGUACUCUCUUCUUUAUU